AAAAAAAGAAGAACGUAAAAGAAGAGAAACCCAUGAAGUAUAGUGAGAUAUCCCACUUCAGCCACCCUCUACACACCCUAAAAUUCGAGUACUCAGAGUUCCCAUUCAAGUGCGAUGGAUGCAAAGAAGUAGGAAUAGGGUCUCGCUACAAAUGUUCCAAGUGUGAUUUCGAUCUCCACGUGCACUGCGCAAUCCCUUCUGCUUCAAUUUUUCAUCCUUUCUACACCAAAUGCUCCUUCCAGUUCCUGUCUCGGCCCCCAGGCGACAAGCCUCGUUACUGCAACGCUUGUGAAAGGGACGUUAAUGGGUUCGUUUACCAUUGCAGAGACUGUGGAUUUGAUCUUCACCCGUGUUGUGCAAAGCUGCCAAUGGUGCUUGAUGAUGGAGAAGUGAAGCUGUAUUUGUAUAGAAAAGUGAGUGCAACUUGUCAUAAAUGUGGACGUAAAGGGCGGAGUUGGAGUUACAGAUCUUCAUGCAAGAAGUAUAAUCUUCAUGUGGCUUGUGUUAAGGACUUGUUGGUGGAGAAUUGGGCUGGUCUAUAUCUUGGAAGAUCGUCUGAUCAUUUUGAUGGAAAUGUUUAUGGUGGUAGGAAACUGGAGAAUAGAAUUCCCAGCUUGAAAAAUGCACUCCAUACUCAUCACCGUAAGAGCAAAGGUAAGGUGCAGAAAUGUUGUGAGAUGGCUGGUUUGGCUGUGCAAUUUGUGAUCUCCGCCGUGCUCGGUGAUCCCACCGCCAUUAUUGCUGGUGUUAUUGGGUCUUUGAUUUGAACAGGAUGAUAUGGGUGAUGGAUAUUAAAUCCAAAAGUUGAUUAAAAAUUAAUGGGAGAAUGGAAUAUUUGGUUAGAUUUUGUGAUGGUUUUAUUCUUAGUAUAAUUUUCUUUGCAGGGUAUGUUUGGGACUCUUUGGCAAUAUUGGAUAAAGGAACCAUGCAUGUCUUUUUCUCCAGA